AUGGAGGCGGGAGAGGCUGCGCUGGGCAGUGGCCACCGCACAGCCAGCGCGCCUGCAGCGAACCAGCGCUGGGACGCUGGGCCCCUCCCACUCGGCCUUUUCUCGCGCGUCAGCCCCUGGAAUUGGUAUCGGGCGCCUAGCCACCUGCGAGUGUGCGCCUGCGAGUGUGCGCGGGGACUCCUGGCGCCUACCGUAGUGCGCCGAAGGACCCGCUUUGGCGAGGACCGCUCGGGACCCGCCGGCACCAUGCGCGCCCUCUCAGGCCUGCGGGCGUCCCGGGCGCUGCCGCCCCAGCCGCUGCUCUUUCUGUGCCUCCUGGCCGCGGUGCGCCCGAGCUCGGCGGACCGCCAUCCCCCAGCUUGGCCUUUUUCAAGUGUGCCUGCUCGAGAAGAAAGGCUGGCAAGAUACCACAAUUUUUCCUCGGACAGCCAUAAAAUAUCACUGACUGAACAUUCCAGUGUUGCAGUAGUAAAAAACAUCACUUUACAAAGUCCAUCGAAUAUAAAACUCACAUGCGAGUUCACAGCAUCCGGGGAUCCGAACUCAGUGAACGUGUCUUGGAAAAAGGAUGAUGAGCCCUUGGAGAAUGAUAUCAUCAAUGCAACGGACAGAUUGGUAUACACUCAAUACUCGUUCACCAUCAUUAAUAGCAAACAAUUGGGAAGUUAUUCUUGUAUCUUUCAAGAAGAAAAGGAAAAAAGGGGCACAUUUAAUUUAAAAGUCCCUGAAAUUCAUGGCAAAAACAAACCAUUGAUCACUUAUGUGGGGGAUUCCACGGUCUUGAUGUGUAAAUGCCAAGGUUGUUUUCCUCUAAAUUGGACCUGGUACAGCAGUAACGGGAGUGUGCAGGUUCCGCUUGAUGCUCAAAUGACCGAUAAGUAUGUGAUCAAUGGAACGAGUGUCAAUGAAACGAGGCUCAAGAUAAUGAACCUCUCUGAGGAAGACCAGGGGACCUACAGGUGCCACGCGGAGUUCCCGUUGGGCGAGAUCGAAGACCAGCUCCAGCUGGUUGUGCUGAGUUACCUGGUGCCCCUCAAACCGUUUCUUGCAAUAGCUGCGGAGGUGGUUAUUUUAGUGACUAUCAUUCUGCUUUGUGAAAUGUAUACCCAAAAGAAAAAGAACCGCCCAGAUGAUGGGAAAGAAUUCGAACAAAUUGAACAGCUGAAAUCAGAUGAUAGCAAUGGUAUAGAAAAUAAUGUCCCCAGGCACAGAAAAAAUGAAUCUGUGGCCAGUGAAUGAGAAGCACCGUGCCAAUAGUCAUGGGAAGAUGGAUGAAGAGUUUGUAUUCCUGCUUUUUCUAUGCUUCCUGUUAAGAACAUCUGAGCUUUUA